UCUGCCUGCUUUUCCGGCACGCGGGCGUACCAGUUGGGACGCGCGACGCGGAUGUGCAAAGGGCAUAGAGUUCGCAUGGAUAGCGACGACCCGAUCGGGCAGUCGACGAAAAGGAAAAAAGCCAAAUCCACCCCCCCCCGCCAAGCCUUACGCACUGUAUGUGCGGCGUGCGAUCUGGCGGGCGUGAGAGAAUGAGAGGGUGUCCGCCGGUCACAUUCGCAGCGGCGGCAGGGCAGGCGGCUGGCGCGUCUGUUUGUCUCGCAGCAGGACGCGGAUGCGCGGCCCUUCAUUCCUUCUACUCUCCUUCCUUUCUCCUUUCUUUGUCCCCCACGCCCCCGUUAUCUCUGCCCUCCCUUUGGUCAGAUAGCACACACUUAGCUGCCUGCCUGUCUUCACCACGAGGCACUCAUACGACAUACCAAGCGCGCGCGCGUGUGCGACGCCCCCCGCCCCCCGUCUUAGACAGAGACGUAGGUACGUGCGAGGUGGGUGGGAGUAGGGAGAUAGGUAGCAAUCAAGCUGCGGCCGCACAUGACGCCUCGUUUACUCUUUCUGCUGCGAUAAGGCCGCACACCCAUACGCGCACACGAUACGCAAUACGUGCAUACACCCACCCCUACACCUACACACAAGCACACCCUCCCUCGCGCCUCUCGAUCUCCCACAUCACAGCACAGAGCACAAGGCCGUACGUCGCACCGAUCCCCCGCACCAACCCACGGCAUGUAGGGUUACUGUAGGUAGGUAAGGGUAGGGCAAAGCGCGCGCACCGAAAUGCGGGGACCCCACAGCGCCACCGCCCAUCCCCCGCACCGCUCGGUACCGCACACCACCACCACCACCACCAUAACCAUUCGUACUCAUAUGUAAGCACCAGCACACAGGAAGCUGUUUCAGGCAAGCCAACAACAAGACAAGAUAAGACAGCCCUUACGAGUAAGCUGUAACCUGCCCGCCC